GCCCUGGUGAAGCGCAGCCUCAGCAGUGGGAUCGGCUCCACCGUGAAGGAGUCGUCGGCCUUCCAGAGUGAAAUGAGGAUGCCGGACAGUGCCAUCCGCCGUCAGAGCUCCCUGGGCCCCAGCGACAAGGGCAAGGUAAGAUAACAUAAGAUUAGAUCGCGUCUAUUUUCUCAGAAAUGUGCCUUGCGUCAUAGAAAUGACGCCUGCGUUAACCUUUCCACUCUUUGUCAUGUUUGGAUUUCAGGCUAAUUUAAAACUCCUUACACGACAUGAAACAACAACAACAACAGACAAUAUACAACAUCUAGAGGGCUGUGGACUGUACAAGUAAUUAAAAAUCGUUGUUCACGUCACAGGUGACCAUCUGUGAGGGCAAGCCUGGCGACGAGGACCGGCCCAAGAAGAGCAGUGUCUGUAAGAACAUCGAGGGAUGCCAGGAGGAGCUUCUGGCGCAAGUGGUGAGGAGUUCAGCUGAAGCAGAACGUCUCAGAACGUCUCAGAACGUCUCAGAACGUCUCAGAACGUCUCAGAACCUCUCAGAACGUCUCAGAACGUCUCUGAGAUCAGAUAUUUAUGUGCUAAGCUUUCAGUCAAAACAGACCUACAUCACUUCUGUGUAAAGAAAUGCGUAUCAGGUACACAUAGUCCCCCUGCAGUGUAUCUGUCAUAACGGUUUCCUGUACAUGCUAAAUUACAGUCUUGACAUUCAGCGACAUUUAAGAUCACUAUUUGUUAUGUGUCGUGUAUGACAAUGUUAUGACGCUCUUAUGACAUAUCAUAGGUUGACGUUGACUUCCCUCUCUCUCUCUCUCUCCAGUCUGGCUCGUCCACGGCGGCAGUGGUUCUGGAGAUGCUGGUCUUCAUGAUGGAUGCCAUCCAGACCAACUUCCAGCAGGCCUCCGCUGUAGGCAGCAGCAGCCGAGCCCAGCAGGCCCUCAAUGAGUUACACACACUGGACAAGAGUGUUGAGAUGACUGACCAACUCAUG